AUGACUCUCCAUUCUUCUAGACUCGCCACCAAGAUGUCAUAUGAUCGCGGUAAUCAUCACUUUGUGAUCGAUGAUGAUGAAAACUUGUUGGAUAUCGACGAAGAACCUGCUCAUCAGCCAAACGAUUCGUCUACAGCAGACAUUCGAUUGGCCGACUUAGAUCCAUUUGCUGAUAAUACGGCUACCAAUCAGACCAACAAUUCUAACAAUGCCGUCUACAGCUCAACCUACGACCCAUUUAUGGGGUCUACUGUAGGAAUAGACGAGACUAACGGCAUUAAUACUGCUUCUAUGAACCCAUUCGACGACAGUCAUAAUACAUCUUCGGCGAGAACUGCUCCACCUACAUCGACGGGCUUUAAGGGUGCUUUCGAUCAAUUACGGAACACGCUGGGCUUCAAAUACGAAAAUGUGGGGAAUUCGGACGCCAAUUUUGAGAUUGGAGACGAUAAUAGCGGUGAUAUUGGUGAUGAUAAUGAUGAUGACGACGACUAUAAUGAUCAAUAUGACACGGUUCUUCAUGAUCGAAGAGGCGAAGAUAAUACCAACGAUUCUUCUCAGGGAACUAACCAGACUUUUGCUCAGUUUGAUAUUCGACGGUGGUUUCGAAAGAGCCCCAAUGAUGAUUCUUCUAAGCCUAGAUUGAUCUACAUUAACUCUCCACAUGAAAACAAAGCACAGAGAUACUGCGAUAACCAUAUUAGUACUACAAAGUACAAUGCCUUCACAUUUCUUCCUAAAUUCUUCUUUGAGCAGUUCUCUAAGUAUGCUAAUCUCUUCUUUCUUUUCACCUCCAUCAUUCAGCAAGUCCCUAAUGUAUCUCCAACCAACAGGUAUACAACCAUCGGCACAUUGGGAGUGGUCCUACUUGUUUCUGCCAUCAAAGAGAUUUCCGAAGACCUGAAAAGACAGGCAUCUGAUAGUGAACUUAACCGUUCAGCCGUAGAGAUCCUUGAUGUUGAACUUGGCGAAUACGUUCGUCGUAAAUGGAUCGAUGUCAAAAUUGGUGACAUCAUCAAAAUUAGUAAUGAGGAGUCUAUUCCUGCAGAUCUGAUUCUUCUCUCUUCUUCCGAACCGGACGGUCUCUGUUAUAUCGAAACUGCUAAUUUGGACGGAGAAACUAACCUAAAGAUCAAACAAGCAUGUGAGCAAACGUCUCAUUUACUCAGUCCUGCUGAUAUGGCUCGUUGUAGAGGUCGAAUAGUUAGCGAAAAGCCAAACAGCAGCUUGUAUACAUAUGAAGGUACUUUAUUCGUCAACGAUAGAGAGGUUUCACUCUCUCCAGAUCAAUUAUUGCUUAGAGGUGCAAACUUACGUAACACAAUUUGGGUCCAAGGAAUCGUUGUGUUCACAGGUCACGAGACUAAGUUGAUGCGUAACGCUACAGCUGCUCCUAUUAAGAGAACCGAUAUGGAGAGGAUCAUUAAUAUGCAAAUCGUGGCUUUAUUUGCACUUCUUGUCGUUUUAUCCAUUGUUUCUUCCUUGGGCGAUGUCAUCAAUUUGGCUGUCAACGGAAGUUCAUUGAGCUAUCUUAAUAUGCAGAGCGUGAAUAAAGUUGGUCUCUUCUUUCUUGAUUUUCUCACCUAUUGGAUUCUUUAUUCCAAUUUGGUCCCUAUAUCAAUGUUUGUCACUGUUGAGAUUAUCAAGUACUAUCAGGCUUAUUUGAUUUCUUCCGAUUUGGAUAUGUAUUAUGAGCCUACCGACACUCCUACUGUGGCCAGAACAUCGUCUUUGGUCGACGAAUUGGGUCAGAUCCAGUACGUUUUCAGCGAUAAAACAGGUACACUUACACGUAAUGUCAUGGUGUUUCGUGCCUGUUCCAUAGGAGGUCGUUGCUAUAUCGAAAAGAUCCCAGAAGAUCGUCAAGCUACCAUGGUUGACGGUAUCGAAAUGGGCUAUCACACUUUCAGCGAACUUCAGACUGACCGAUUGAAAUCGGGUCAUCACGAAGUGAUAAAUCAAUUUCUUCUGCUUCUUGCUUCAUGUCAUACUGUCAUUCCAGAGGUGAAGGAUGAUGGAACCAUCAAGUAUCAGGCUUCUUCUCUUGACGAAGGUGCUCUAGUGGAAGGUGCAGCCAUGUUGGGAUACAAAUUUCAUAUUCGUAAGCCCUCCACAAUUGCUAUCGAUGUCGAUGGUGAAGAUCUCUCCUUUGAAUUAUUGAACAUUUGUGAGUUCAACUCCACCAGAAAGCGGAUGAGUACCAUUUUCCGGUGUCCCGAUGGUAAAAUACGACUCUAUGUAAAAGGUGCGGACACGGUUAUCUUUCAGAGAUUGUCACCAGAUCAAGAGUUUCUCGAUGCCACUACUCAUCAUUUGGAGGACUUUGCCGCAGAAGGUUUGAGAACUUUGUGUUUGGCAGAGAGAGUCCUGUCUGAUAACGAGUACCAGACGUGGAAUAAGGUGUACCAAGAGGCCAGCGUGAGUCUUGAAGAUCGUUCCAAGAAGUUGGAUAGCGCUGCCGAAUUGGUCGAAAAGGAUUUAUAUCUUCUUGGUGCCACUGCCAUUGAGGAUAAGCUUCAAGAUGGAGUUCCAGAGACGAUUAGCGUUCUUCAGGAGGCUGGAAUCAAGGUCUGGGUGUUAACAGGCGAUCGACAGGAGACCGCCAUCAAUGUUGGCAUGAGUUGUAAGCUUCUUAGCGAAGAUAUGAAUCUUCUAAUUGUCAACGAAGACUCAAAGGAGUCUACAAGAGAGAAUAUCGGUGACAAGUUAAAUGCUCUUCAUAGCAACGAGCUUUCCCAGGAUGAUAUAAGCUCUUUGGCACUCGUUAUUGACGGUAAAUCGCUUGGAUUUGCAUUACAACCGGAUCUUGAAGACCAAUUCUUGGAGUUGGGGGUUCUAUGUAAGGCUGUUCUCUGUUGUAGAGUGUCUCCUUUGCAAAAGGCACUCGUUGUAAAGUUGGUCAAGAGAAAGAAGAAGGCUCUACUACUUGCAAUUGGUGACGGUGCCAACGAUGUCUCUAUGAUUCAAGCUGCGCAUGUUGGUGUUGGUAUUAGUGGAUUGGAGGGAAUGCAGGCUGCGCGUUCGGCUGAUUUCUCUAUUGGUCAGUUCAAAUAUCUCAAGAAGUUACUCUUGGUGCACGGUUCUUGGUCUUACCAACGUCUCUCCCUCUCCAUUCUUUACUCUUUCUACAAGAACAUCACUCUUUACAUGUGUCAAUUCUGGUUUGUGUUUAGCAGUGCAUAUUCUGGACAGUCAAUAGUCGAGUCUUGGACGCUCACCAUGUACAACGUUAUUUUCCUUGCUCUUCCACCUUUUGUCAUCGGUAUCUUUGACCAGUAUAUCUCCGCUAACAUGCUUCUUCAGUAUCCUCAGAUGUUCAAGUUGGGUCAGGAUGGUCAUUUCUUUAACGUGGAAAUCUUCUGGGCCUGGGCUGCCAACGGUUUCUUUCAUAGUGCCAUUAUCUACAUCUGUGUGAUCAAUAUCUACAAGUACGGUAGUGAGUUGGCUGGUGGUCAGGUGGCUGAUAUUUGGGUAGUUGGUGUCUCUUUGUACACUGUUUGCUUGCUCACGUCAUUGGGUAAGGCUGCAUUAGUGUCCUCCCAGUGGACAAAAUUCACAUUAAUUGCUAUUCCCGGCUCUUUCCUCAUGUGGUUGAUCGCAUUUCCGUUGUAUGCGUUGAUAGCACCGCGUGUAGACGUUUCUAAAGAGUACUGGGGAAUUACUAGGUAUGUCUAUGGAUCUUUGUUGUAUUGGAUGACAAUCAUCGUGGUUCCUGCAUUGUGUCUCCUGCGAGACUUCCUCUGGAAGUUUUACAAAAGAAAUUGGAACCCAGAAUUCUACCAUGAGGUACAGAAGAUCCAGAAGUAUCAAAUACAGGAUCAUAAGCCUAAGUUCUCAUCUUUCCAGAAGACGAUUCGUAAGGUGAGACAGGUCCAUAGAAUGCGUAAGCAGAGAGGUUUUGCCUUUUCUCAGGCCGAGGGACAGGAAGCUAUAGUGAGAAAGUAUGAUACCACCAAGAGGAGAGGCGCUUACGGAGAGCUAGAGUAG